GCGACUGGAUUCUUCACUAGCCAUGUGAAUGUUGUUGCUGUCUUGGUAAGAGCAGGCAGUUGGUUUUCAGUGACAGAUUUGCUCUUUUGAGCGUUUUUGCUUUGUUUAAGGGUGCCGUUCAGUGUUUUGAAAAACUGUGACUUCUUGUACAACGUCGUUUUAGAACAUUUGCGGAGGGAACUAGCAGCAUAUCAGCAGAGAUUCUAUCCAAUCUCUCUGAUAUUAGCAUGUUCGUUGACAUAAUGCAAUGGCGUUGGUAGGCAGCAGUUAACAUACUGUUCGUGGCUUUACCUUAUAUUUUGAAACCGUAUGUAUCCUGUUAUCAGAAGAAAAUAGCUUAGACCAUACAAUUGCCAGUAUGUCAGCCUGCAAACGACUGCUGUCAGUGUUGCGACAUAGGGGAACGUCCUCAGUGAUCAGAAAAGUCACAACUUGGUCACCUGUCGGAGCUGCAUUCAAUGCCAAACAACAGAGAAGACUCGAACUGUUUGAGAAGAAUGUGGGUCUGUUUGGUGUACCUGAGCUGAGUUCUCCGGAUGGGUUCGCGGUGGUACAGGACCGUGCUCUGCGGGAGACAGAGCAGCUGGUGGAGAAAGCGUGCCGUAGCCCACCGGGAGCCAUCACCGUCAAGACCUUUGACCAGCUCUCCGACACACUGUGCAGGGUGGCAGAUUUGGCUGACUUUGUGAAAGUAGCUCACCCAGACCCAGCCUAUCGUGAGGCAGCUGAGAGGACUUGCAUUAAUAUUGGCACCAUGGUGGAGAAACUCAACACCAAUGUUGAACUCUGUAAUAGCCUAAAGAAUCUGCUUGACAGCAAAGACAUUAUGAACAGCUUGGACCCAGAAACAAGGAGAGUCGCUGAGCUUUUCAUGUUUGACUUCGAAAUCAGUGGCAUUCAUCUCAAUCAAAAAAAGCGCAAAGAGGCGGUGAACCUGAAUGUGAAGCUGCUGGACCUCAACAACGAGUUCCUGGUGGGCUCGCACACGCCCAAUAAGAUCGAGCGGCAGGCGCUUCCCGUCCACAUCCACCACCACUUCUCCAAGGACAGCCGCUACAUCCACGUCGGGGGCUUUCACGCAGAUGCCUCGGAUGACCUGGUGCGAGAGGUGGCGUAUAAGGUCUUCCUGUACCCCAACGCCCAGCUGAUGGGCACCCUGGACGAGCUGCUGGUGUGCAGGAACCAGCUGGCCAAGCUGGUGGGCUAUGACUCGUACGCACACAGGACCCUCAAGGGCACCAUGGCCAAGACCCCAGAAAAUGUCAUGAACUUUCUUCAGCUCCUCACAGACAAGCUCUCCGACAGGACAGCACAAGACUUCACCAUGAUGAGUGACAUGAAGGCCAAGCUCAACCCUAAAAAUGCAGACCUGAUGCCGUGGGACCACCCGUACUUCAGCGGGGUACUCCGGGCUGAACGGUUCAACAUUGAGCCCAGCCUGUACAGCCCGUUCUUCUCGCUGGGCGCGUGCAUGGAGGGCCUCAACAGCCUCUUCACGGAGCUGUACGGGGUCUCCCUCAUGGCCGAGCACCCCAACGCAGGGGAGGUCUGGAACGACGACGUCCGCAAACUGGCUGUUGUACAUGAGACAGAGGGGCUGCUGGGAUACAUCUACUGUGACUUCUUCCAAAGGCCUGAUAAACCUCAUCAGGACUGCCACUUCACCAUCCGUGGUGGCCGUCAGCUGGAGGAUGGCCAGUACCAGCUGCCGGUGGUGGUGUUGAUGUUGAGCCUGUCCCAGCCCAGUCGCAGCGCCCCUGCCCUCCUCACGCCCGGCAUGCUGGAGAACCUCUUCCACGAGAUGGGCCACGCCAUGCACUCCAUGCUCGGCCGCACGCGCUACCAACACGUCACCGGAACGAGAUGUGCCACUGACUUUGCGGAAGUGCCGUCUAUUCUGAUGGAGUAUUUCGCCACAGACUACAGAGUGGUCAACCAGUUUGCUCGCCACUACCAGACAGGACAGCCCCUUCCCAAGAGCAUGGUGACGCGCCUCUGUGAGUCCAAGAAGGUGUGUGGGGCAGCAGACACCCAGCUGCAGGUGUUCUAUGCGGCCUUGGAUCAGGUCUACCACGGAACCCCACAGAACCGAUCCACCACGGACAUCCUGAGAGAGCUGCAGCAGAAGUUCUAUGGCCUUCCAUACAUUUCCAACACGGCCUGGCAGCUGCGAUUCAGCCACCUGAUUGGCUACGGGGCCAAGUACUACUCCUACCUGAUGUCCCGGGCGGUGGCCUCCAUGGUGUGGAAGCAGUGCUUCCUCAGGGACCCUCUGAACAGGGAGAUGGGGGAGCGCUACCGGAGAGAGAUGCUAGCACACGGCGGGAGCAAGGAGCCCAUGCUGAUGGUGGAAGGUAUGCUUCAGAAGAGCCCCUCUAUUGAGGAGUUUGUGGACGCGCUGGUGUCGGACCUCAACCCCGACUUCGAGACCUUCAUCCUGGACUCUGAGAGCUGAGUGGAAGGAGGGAGGACCAGGUGUGUGUGUGUGUGUGUGUUGUUAAAUUUGUUGCUAAUUGGAUGGAAUUCAUCAGAUGAACCUGAAAAAAACUCCACACACAGACACACACACACACACGGACCAGGAGUGUGUGUGAGUGGGUGUGUUGUUAUAUUUGUUUGUAAUUGGAAUCCAUCAGAUAAACCUGAAAAAAGCUCUACACACAACAGACACGUGCAAAUACACACAAACACACACAUACACACACGUACACCAGUUUACCUGAACAUGGUGCUAAACUCGCUGACACAGUGCAGUCAGAAAGAAUACAGGGGUAUAGAAUCUUACCAUCUCUGCUGCAGUCCAGUCUGCAUUCUUGUAGUGCACAACUGCACAAUCAAACUUUUUUCUGAUAACUGCAUUUCUGAUGUUGCAUCCUACAAUGUCAGUUACAAUUAAGUGGCCGAAUCCCACACAACAUACCUUUCUAUUGGUUGUGCACUUUCACACAUUCACAGGCAUAGGUGGUGCCUAUUCUACUGUCUGUGUUAAAACAAUACCGCACCAUUUCUUGAAAUCAGCUAAUUUUGUACCUCCCCUUGAGUUAAAUUAUGUGCACUGCUAGACUCAGAGAACAGCCGAAAGUAUACAGUAGAAAAGUGAAACUCAAUUAUUUAAUCCAAGAAGAGGUUUAAAAUCCAGAAUUGGUGCAGUAGUGCUUUAACUUCAUAGUCACGGAUUCUACUCUAUGAACAAUUCCACAAAGCACUUUAUCAGUAGUGAAUGACAGUAGAGGAUAAUAUUCUUGUCAGCCAUCCGGACCGCUUUACCAGUUUGAAAGACAUCACUUCUCAUUUGUUUUAUUCUUUUGUUGCUGUUUUUUUAUUCUUUGUGUCAAUUUUAUUUUAUCGUCAAUGGAGUGACAAACUCUUGUUUUGAUAUAUCUAUGUAUUUUACUAGAAAAGUGAAUGUUUAAAUUUCAAAUAAAUGGAUAAUAAAAAAUGAA